UUUUUUUUUUUUUGAAAGAAUUUUAAAUUUAUUCAAAAAAAAACGUUUUUACAGAGUUUGUUUUGCUUCCUUUACAAAAGAUAGAGAAAAUAAACUUCCUACUUUUCUAAUCUUCUUCAGUCUCUAGCAAACCAAACCUCCAUUGUUUUCGUGUGCUUGCUUCCUUUUCUUCUUCUCAAUGAUGUAACUUGAGUGUGGGAAGAAAACUACGAUUACAAAUGGCUAAGGCAUCAGAUUACUCCACGGGAUUGCUCCGGAGUGAAGAGCUCUACAAAUUCCCUUUUGUUCUUCUUUUCAUCCUCACAGUCACAGUAGGUGCCGCUGCAAAUCCUGAUGAUGAGAAAGCGCCAUUUCCCCGGUGGUGUCUCCCGAAACCGGGGGUUUCACCGGAGAAUCUGCAGAACAUAAUGAACUACGUCUGCUCGCGCAUCGCAUGCCCACAAUCGACGACAGACCCUUGCUUUGCUUCCUCAGAUUUUGCCGUCCAAGCAGGAAUCGUCAUGAAUCUGUACUACCAGAGGUUUGGUAGUACAGAACAGGCAUGUUUCUUCAGUGGCAACGGAAUGGUUGUCCUGACUGAUCCCGGCAGCGGUUCAUGCCUCUACCCGUCGUCGUCUUCAAGCACCACAACAAAUGGUUAUUUCUGGUUUAUAAUCUCAUUUAUCUGUUUCGGUUUACUCUUUCGGUUUACAAUGUAAGCAUGUAUCUCCAUCUGUGAGGUGAAUGAAUACAAAUUAUAAACCUGAUUA